AUGAUUGACAGAGCUGAUGGCCAAUAGAAUUUCCGGAAAAUUCCUAUGGCGCUUGCAAUGAAUCUUUAUUAAUGCGGCUCGUCUUAUUCCGGUGCAUAUUUGUCUAUGCGUCUUAAAGGCUGGCUGUAAUACAGACGGGUAGCGCUAUGUUGCAAAAUGGGGGGUUCAAACAGCUUAUUUACCCCUAUUUAGGGUUUUUGCUGUUUUUAGUAGGACUCCAUCAAGCCGAGGGAGCCGCAACAGAAAUGGCAAAUCUAAACUGGAAGCCGUUUGUCUAUGGGGGGAUGGCCUCAAUUGUCGCAGAAUUUGGUACUUUCCCCAUUGAUCUCACAAAAACGCGGCUCCAGGUUCAAGGGCAGACCCAUUGUAUGGAGGUCCGCUAUCGGGGCAUGUUUCACGCCUUGUUCAGGAUUGGCCGGGAAGAGGGCGUCCGUGCAUUAUACUCUGGGAUAUCACCUGCGCUUCUCCGUCAAGCUUCCUAUGGGACGAUUAAGAUCGGCACAUACAACACCCUGAAGAAGCUGUUUGUCAGCCGUCCUGAAGAUGAGACUAUGGUGAUUAAUGUGUUCUGCGGGGUGGUGUCUGGAGUUUUGUCUUCCUCUUUGGCAAAUCCCACUGAUGUGUUAAAGAUUCGGAUGCAGGCUCAAGGCAGUCUGUUACAGGGCAGUAUGAUGUCCAACUUCAUCAAUAUUUACCAGACAGAGGGAACACGAGGCCUGUGGAGGGGUGUCAUUCCUACAGCACAAAGGGCGGCCAUUGUGGUUGGGGUUGAACUACCGGUCUAUGACAUCACCAAAAAGCAUUUGAUUCUUUCAGGCCUCAUGGGAGACACUGUGUUAACACAUUUCAUUUCCAGUUUUGCAUGUGGUCUCGCAGGGGCACUGGCCUCUAACCCAGUGGAUGUGGUGAGGACACGUAUGAUGAAUCAGCGAGUGGUUGCUGGCAACCUUCUGUAUAAAGGCACCCUAGAUGGACUCAUGCAGACCUGGAGAAACGAGGGGUUCUUCGCCCUCUAUAAAGGCUUCUGGCCAAACUGGCUGCGUCUGGGACCCUGGAACAUCAUCUUCUUCAUGACUUUUGAACAGCUGAAGAAGCUUCCAUUGUAGCCGAGAGACUUUGUGAUACUUCGCUGGACUGUGUGUGUGUGUUGGUUCAUCAUCUCUACUUUAUCUUCUAUAUCUAUGUUUAUUUAAGAAUUUAUGUACAUGCUUGAUGUAUUUUAAGAUGCUCCUUUUGCACCUAAAUGCUUCGUUUUCACUCCUGGCAGCUAUUGCUUCUGUCAGCACCAUGUUCAUAAGUCCACAAGUGCUCGGUCAACUAGGAGUCACACUGGUGAAAAUUUGUGGUAAACUGGAAGCCGGAGCAGGUAUAAUAUUUGGAUGCUGGCUUGAAGGGAGCUUGUGCUCUGUUUGUGUAUACUACCUGAUAGUUACUUAGACUCACCUGUAGGUGGAGAUAAAGAGCAAUAGGUAGCGCUAAACUGAAUGCUGUGAAAAUACGGAGAGACUGUUUCACGUUACAAUCGCUAAAAAUAUUUUUGCUAAACGCACUCCGAAUUAAGCAUAAAAGUGCUUAGAUUAUGAGGGUAUUCAUUUGAUAAUGACUUGAAUAGGAACAACUGCUUUAUUCGUAGACUACGGUUGUGAUACGUUUCAAAUCCUACAUACCGUAUGAAUGAAUACCAAAGGAAUAGUAUGGAGGUGUUGUGAGCCUCAAGCAGAACAAAUUUUUGUGUGAAUCGUUCAAAAACUGUUUUUGAGUAAAUUCGAAUAUAUUUCAAUUCGAAAAUGUACGGUUUGAUAAACGUUGCUCAUUAGUGCUCGUAUUUCAUGAAUAUAGAAGUACGUUUGUGACAAACAGGAGUUUUUUAAUAUGCACAGAAUUGAAAGAACUUGAGUCAUUGUACAAGAUAUGUACAAGAUUUUACGAUUUGGUAUCAUCACCAUAAGAAUGCAUGUAUGUUGUCUGUGUUGUUGUAAUAAGCACAUGCAAAAUGUCAAAUAUUUUGGCAGGCGUCAAUUUGUGUAAAUACUGCUACUGUCUGACAGAUUAAAAUAUUAGCAUAUUUUUGUUUGUUUUCAGGUAAUAUUUUUUUGGGAACGGUGUAGCUUUUUAAUAGGGCUGUCAAAAGAUUAAUCGUGAUUA